AGGCUCAUUUCAUAGCGCAUUCCCUUGUGUCAUUUUCUGCGUUCGCUCUGUAUCCUCCGGCGAUCAUCGCAGAGUUCGGUUAAAUUUCUCGCCGGUUACUUCUCUGUACUCUCUCCAAAUUCACAUCGCUUUUAAACCUUGCUCCGCCAUGAAUCCUGAAUACGACUACUUGUUCAAGCUUUUGCUUAUUGGAGAUUCGGGUGUGGGAAAAUCAUGUCUCCUUCUGAGGUUUGCUGAUGAUUCAUACCUUGACAGCUAUAUCAGUACUAUUGGUGUUGAUUUUAAAAUUCGUACUGUUGAGCAAGAUGGGAAGACUAUUAAACUUCAAAUUUGGGAUACUGCUGGUCAAGAACGUUUCCGUACAAUCACAAGCAGCUACUAUCGAGGGGCUCAUGGCAUUAUUGUUGUUUAUGAUGUCACUGACCAAGAGAGCUUCAACAAUGUUAAACAGUGGCUGAAUGAAAUUGACCGUUAUGCCAGCGAAAAUGUUAACAAGCUUCUAGUUGGAAAUAAGUGUGACCUCACAGCAAACAAAGUCGUGUCCUAUGAGACUGCAAAGGCAUUUGCAGAUGAAAUUGGGAUCCCCUUCAUGGAAACUAGUGCUAAAAAUUCCACCAAUGUGGAACAGGCUUUCAUGGCCAUGGCUGCUGAAAUAAAAAACAGAAUGGCGAGCCAACCAACGAACAAUGCCAGGCCACCAACAGUGCAGAUUAGGGGACAGCCUGUGAAUCAGAAAAGUGGUUGCUGCUCCAACUAGAGAGAGGAAGUAUUGGUGAUCUGAAGUGAAGGGUUUAUAAGUGCCUCCGUGGCAUGUAAAAUUAGUUCUUUUCACAUAAUGCUUUCAUCAUCAUAUCAAGAAUUUGUUCAUCGAGAUUUGCUUCUUGCUAAAAACUUCCAUUCUUUUCAAUGUAUUUGAUUUCAAAAUACAUUUGUACAGAACUAGGAACAUUGGUAAGCUGCAGUAUUUACCUUA